GCGAGUCGCAGCAGUCCACCCAGUCUCGUUCGGCAGCAGACCAUCAUUCCACUCGAUUGACUUCCCUUCCGCUGCGCUCGUACCACACCCGCAGGCCAAACUCGUCCCCAGAGGGUGCCCCGCACGUAUCUCGCUUGUCCUCCGUCGCCGUCAACAUGCCGCCUCGCGGGAGUGAGGGCCUUGACUUCACGCCGAUCCUCACCCACUACCUCUUUCUCUUCACCGCCAUCCUCGCUGUGGUCGGAUGGUUUUUGGCCUUCAUCGCACAAGCCAUAGCAACCGCUGACUUCGGCCAUGGUUACGUCGGUGUACUAUGGUUUGCCAUCUUCCUCCAGCUAUUCCUCAUCCUCGGCGUCCUCCAUACUCUGGCCAGCGACUCCAUCGCCAUGCACCGUUUCCAGAUAUCCAUAUUCGGCUCUAUAGCCAUCGUAUUUGCCGUAACCGGCGUAAACCAGGGCAUCUUCUCAGGACAUGCGUCGCUGGACGCAAUGGCCGCUGGCUGGCUCAUUCUCGCUAUCGUCGACAUCCUCUGGGUGCUGUACUUCACGUCGGAAGAGGACUCGCUCAUGCUGCACAUCUUCAACUCCCUUGGGACAGGCGGCCUCACGCCUCCGUCGCGGCGUCGUAGAGCAACAGCACGGACAACGUCCAUGCACACGAUGGGUGCAGGCAACGGUUACCAGGCUGGCUUCGGCUCCACCCCGAGCGGAAUGGCAACCGGUUACGACACCAAGAUGGCGAGCAGUCUCGGGGGACCUAUCGGGAGUGGGAACAGCUUCAAUGCAGGAAGCGUGGAGGGGCCUCCGCGCAGCAUUGCUGGCACGGGUAGCAUCAACAACACACCAGCUGGCGGAGGGCCCGGGUCUGUGGGCGGAGGCGAUCAUGGCGUGUCUGCGAACUCGCCUUUGAUGGGCGUAGGAUCGGGUGGAGGUCCUCCCAUGCCAGGCACUCCGGGAGCAGGCGAGGCGAGUAUGGAUGACGGCAUCCUAUACAAGGCGAAGGCCUACAACGCAUCCCCUGACGAUCCGAACGAGAUAUCGUUCACGAAGGGCGAAAUCCUAGAGGUCAUCGACAAACAGGGCAAGUGGUGGCAAGCGAAAAAGUCGGAUGGUACUGUAGGAAUUGCGCCAUCAAAUUAUCUACAGGUAGUAUAAUCUUGGACACCUAUUUAUUCUUCAAUCCCUGCUGCUACGAACAGUCACGACAUGCUACCCAUGCGUUACGUCUAUCUCGUUCGUCCUUGCAGGCCCCGAGGUUUCUUGUCCACGAUCUAACGAUGGUAGUCCUUUUGCUUGUUUCGUAUUGCCCUUCCCUCUGUUAUGUAACUCGCUGUUGACACCAGUGCGCUUGAUCUGUAGAGUAGUUUCUUUCGAUGGCAUGGAAUCUUGGGGUCGUCGUAGUCUCGAACGCGGAAACGUACGGCACGCGCUGUCAGUGCAUCUAAAGUACGA